AUGUCGUAACUUGUGACCAUUUCCGGCGAGGCAAAUUUGAAACAUUUCCAUCGUUUCGACCGAGAGACUUCACCUUCUUUUGAAUAAAACUAAGAGGAAGGUCAUUUUUCGCACCAGAGAGGGCCAUGGACCCCGGUACUCAAAGACUGUUUGAAAGAGUUGCACGGAAAAUGGGCUGGGACAAACCAGGUGCUCUGGACCGAGCCGCAGAAGAGCUGCAAAAAAGUGUGAAGAGCAGACACGAUGCUGUCGUCAGCUGCGACGCUGAGCCUGCUGAGAGGAAGGAGUCGUCAUUUCCGUCAGACAGCGACAGCUCUGAAAAGGAGAAUCGGCACGGAAGGAGCGACGUGCCUUCAAAUGGAGCGCUGCUGGACUCCAGUGACGAGGACUUGGACAAGAGUAAGUCGCUUAAUAGAGAAAUCCUACGCAGCAGUGGACAUGUAAGUGUCAGUCAAUCAAUCAAUCAAUCAAGUAAUGCUUGUUGUUCAGUUCUUGCAACAAAGAUUCCACCCAAACCUGCUCCCAGACAAAUCUCAUCUGCCAAGAAAGCAAGGGAACCGGUUCAGAUUUUGUCCUCAGAUAGCGAUGAUGGAUUUGAAAACUUUUUGAGACGUGUGAAAACCCCGAAGGCUCAACCGAGGCCUCAGUUUGUGAGUGGUAGUGAUGACAGCCUUAAACAUUUCAUAGUAGACGACUUGUCUUCUGAUGACGAUUUUGUCGUGGAGAAGAAGCCGUCCGUUUCAAAAGCCAAACUGAAGACUCCCAAGGCUAGCCUGAAGUCAGAGAAGCAGCGGCUCUCUCGGUUCGAAUCCCCGGUGUUCCUCGGUGACUCGGACGACGACAGCGACGUUGUGAUCAAGAGCACGUGGAGGAUUCGGCACAGUCGCCCGUCGUCACAGGAAAAGGAUGCUCCGGCUAAAGAAAAUAAACCCAGUAACGCCCUGCGCUUUCCCUCUCCUCUCGCUUCUGUUCACACGCCCAAGCCCUCUUCAGCCCCGCCCACACACAGCAGCUGGCGGGAAGACACGGGCAGCUCCGAGGACGAGUUCCAGUCCUUACUGGACCGCAUCAAGAAAAACCAAAAGUUGGGAAGCAGUAGCACACACUGUUCUCCUAAACCUCCAGAGCCCGAAGCUGCAACAGCCUGUGUGACUCCGUCUGUGAACGCACGAAAGGACAGUGACCGAGUACCAGGAAAAGGAUCCCAGGUGAACAGAACUCCAGCGCAGCGCCCAAUCAGCAGACCUGUGAGUCAGACGGAGCCCAGAGCCGGCCACAGCAGCAGAGUGGCUGUGUGUAAAACACCAGGCUGUUUCCUGCAGUCUCUGUCUUUUCCUGGGUCUGUGUACUGCCACAAGUUUAAGCAGAAUAAGGAGGAGCUGACCGGCAAACUCUACCGGCUCUAUAACUCUACUGUUUUUGAGAGCAAGCUGCCCGCUGACAUGCCGAUCAAAUGGAAUACAAAGAUGAGGAAGACCGCAGGAUAUUGCAUCACCGGGCAGGAAAAGGUCACUGGCAUACGAUACGCCCGUAUUGAAUUGUCCGUCAAAGUCUGUGACUCUGCAGAUCGGUUAAGGGACACACUAGUUCAUGAAAUGUGCCACGCAGCCACAUGGCUGAUAAACAACGUUCGGGACGGCCACGGACCUUUCUGGAAGAUCUACGCACGCAAAGCCACCCUGGCUCACCCUGAGCUGCCCAUGGUGACCCGCUGCCACAGCUACGACAUCAAUUACAAAUACCAGUACCAGUGCAGUCGCUGCAAAAACACGAUUGGCCGUCACUCAAAGUCUCUGGACACGCAGAGGUUUGUGUGCGCGCUGUGCACGGGACAGCUCGUCCUGCUCACGCCGUCUAGUUCACGCGGUCCCACACCUUUCGCAACGUUUGUGAAGGAGAACUACGGUGCGGUGCGGCAGGAGCUGGCUGGCCAGGGUCACGCCGAGGUGAUGAGAAAGCUCAGUGCUGACUUCGCUAGCAAGACACGCCUCAGCCAGAGCUGAUCUGUGGACGCUUUUGAUCAAACAACAAGAGUGCUGCUCCAGGUUCUGGCUUUUCCUCCACUGUUCAGGUAGACGAUGUGAUAGAAACCAAACUAAAUCAGCAUCUUGCAUACCUCCAGGUGAAAUUGUUUAGGCAUUAUGUAUUACUAAAUUCUUCUGCCAGGAAAUGCUUUAGAAAACUGUGAAGGAUGCAUCUGGUUUCUACAUUUCAGUGCAUUUUAAUCAUCUGAUUUUAUAUGCGUCCUUGUCGUGAAAUGUUUGGCAAAUUUGAAUAGUUCUGUAUUUUAUUUUCUGUCCUUGUUUUAACUGUUUUGUAUGUUUCAAUAAAGUAUUUUUCAACCUACUG